GUGAGAGAACUGCCGAGGAGCAACCCAGUUCGAUCCACUGCACGGAUGAGGGAGCCGUAGCGGAAUACAAACACUAUUUUAUCGGUGUAAUUUACGCCAUUUGCUGUCAGUCGUGUUCAACGCGCUAGGUUAUCCACCGACACCGUACCGUCAUCGCGGGUCUUUCUUCUGAAGGGCUCGCCCUAUCUCCGGGAGUCUGAAUGGAGGCAGGAGCCGAAGGAGCGUUUGGGCUGUCCGAGGCCAGGGAAGGCAGCCCGGUAUCCGGCGCCACAGCAUCUGAUGAUGGGGACACUGUCAUUGGAGUCAGCUAUGGAGUCGACUCCGGUGACACGGAUGCAGCACAGAAGGCCUUCAUUACAGAGAUGCCCUCGUCCUCAGGUCAGGUCGGCGGGGGGAAGAAGAUGGGCCACAGAGGCGUGGACGCGUCGGGGGAGACCACCUACAAGAAGACCACGUCGUCUGCCCUGAAGGGGGCCAUCAUGCUGGGCAUCAACUACACCGUGGGCAACCUGAGCUCCAAGCCCGAGAGGGACGUGUUGAUGCAGGACUUCUACGUGGUGGAGAGCAUCUUCUUUCCCAGCGAAGGCAGCAACCUCACCCCGGCACACCACUUCCCAGACUUCCGCUUCAAGACCUACGCGCCCGUGGCCUUCCGCUACUUCAGAGAACUGUUUGGCAUCCGGCCUGACGACUACCUGUACUCGCUGUGCAACGAGUCCCUGAUCGAGCUGUCCAACCCUGGGGCCAGUGGCUCCGUUUUCUACCUGACCAAAGACGACGAGUUCAUCAUCAAGACGGUCAUGCACAAGGAGGCCGAGUUCCUGCAGAAGCUGCUGCCCGGAUACUACAUGAACCUGAACCAGAACCCGCGGACCCUGCUGCCCAAGUUCUUCGGCCUCUACUGCGUCCAGUCGGGGGGCAAGAACAUCCGCGUGGUGGUGAUGAACAACGUGCUGCCGCGCGUGGUGCGCAUGCACCUCAAGUACGACCUGAAGGGCUCCACCUACAAGCGCCGGGCGUCCAAGAAGGAGCGGGAGAAGGCCCGGCCCACCUUCAAGGACCUGGACUUCAUGCAGAACCUGGAGGAAGGCCUGAUGCUGGACCAGGACACCUACAGCGCCCUGGUCAAGACCCUGCAGAGGGACUGUCUGGUCCUGGAGAGCUUCAAGAUCAUGGACUACAGCCUGCUGCUGGGGGUCCACAACAUGGACCAGGCGGAGCGGGAGCGGCAGAUGGAGGGCUCCCAGGGGGACAGCGACAAGAAGAGGCCCAUGGCCCAGCAGAAGGCCCUGUACUCCACCGCCAUGGAGUCCAUCCAGGGGGGCGCGGCCCGCGGGGAGUCCAUCGACACCGACGACACAGGAGCCCGCAGCUUCCCCACGCUGGAGGACGAAGGGCGACCAGACAUGCUCCCCUGUACUCCUCCGUCGUUUGAGGAGGCCACCACCGCCUCCAUCGCCACCACCCUCUCCUCCACCACCUCCCUCUCCAUCCCCGAGAGAUCCCCCUCCGACACCUCAGAGCACCCCCGCUACAGGAGACACACCCAGUCUGUCAGCCACGACGGAAGGACCCAGGAAGAGCUGCGUGUGCGUGAGGAGGACCAGCAGACCAUCACGGUGGAGGUGGAGAUGAAGCGACACGACAGUGAGCCCACCAUCACCGCCCUCCAGCCAGACCCUGAGCCCAGUGACGGUCAGGAAGUAGACAGAGCCGCCGCCGCCGCCGCCGCCGCCUCUUCUACCAUCGGCCCUCCGGGGCCCGGGGCCUCGUCCUCCACCCCCCCUGCCGGCCCCUCCUCCCCCGGGGCCGCGCGGGCCGCCUCCCCCCUGGAGGGCCCCCCCGUGGUGGUGGUGGUGGAGCCGGACCAGGCCAGCCUGAUGUCAGGCUCCGGCUGCACCAGCCAGGCCUCGCAGGACGACGACGACGACGUGCCAAUCACAGAUAUCUAUUUUCCUCCCGAGGACAAGACGUGGGUGUACUCUCCGCUGCACGUCGGCUCAGAGUCUAGCACCCUGCCAGAUGGGGAAGGGGAUAGUGAGACAGUAAGUGAGAAGAAUAAAGAGGAACCAAACACAAAGAAAUCAACACUAGAUUAGGGGUUUUAAAUCGAUAUCAGCCUAUCACAGUGUCUAGUAUUAAAACCUACUUUAGGUAGAGAC